AGAAACCCAAAUUUCCCACCCACAUUUCUUUGCCCUUCUGUUUUUGCAAGACUUAAUAACUCUUCAGCUUCUUUUCCGCGGCUGCUUCCACUUUGAGAGAGAAGACAUGGCAAAGGGAAGUUACGAGAAGGCCAUUGUUUCACUCCAGAACCUCCUCAGUGAGAAGGAAGAACUGGAACCGGUUGUAGCAGAAAGAAUUGAUGAAAUCACAGCAGAGUUACAAACGACAGGCUGCAAAUCCUUCGACCCUGUUCAAAGGAUCAAGACUGGCUUUUAUUAUUUCAAAACAGAGAUAUAUGACAAAAACCCAGAACUGUUUGAUAAACUCAAGAAAGGACAGGAACCCAAGUUUCUGGUGUUUGCCUGCUCUGAUUCACGAGUAAGUCCAUCCCAUGUGCUGAA